UCAUAGCACACAUCUGCCUGGAUGUUUAAGUAAUGCAUGUCUCUCUUCCAGCUUCGGGUCAAAGAGACGACUUCCGUUGGUACGUACACAACAUCUGCUAUUUUUGUUGCAUUUGCUCGCUACUGUACGUAAAUACGCACAGUGUUUCGGUGCUGUCCCUUUAACCUGAAAACUGGACUCUGUCACGCUCGUUCGUCACAUCAAGUACGAAACAAGGCUGCGUGGACGCCGCUGGUCACUCAACUGGGCGCGAGUCUCUGUGCACUCAAGCUUACACGAUGAGAGGCGAGGGUGCGCUGGCGUUUACGGCACCGUUUAGGUCGCCUGGCCCCUUGAAGAUGCGCUGGAUGUAGAAGUAAAGCCAUGACUGCAUGCCUGAGAGAGUGUGUAUGAGUGUAGUGAGAGUGUGUGAUUGAACAGGAUGGGAAAAGAACAGGAACUCUUACAAGCGGUGAAGACGGAGGACCUGGUUACCGUCCAGCGGCUCCUGCAGAGACCGAAACAGGGCAAAGCGAAGCUCCUGGGGGCUGCUAAGAAGGUGAAUGUGAACUUCCAGGACACAGACGGGUUAUCUGCCCUGCAUCAUGCUGCUCUUAAUGGAAACGUUGAGCUCAUCACACUGUUGCUGGAGUCGCAAGCCGUUGUUGACAUCAAAGACCUGAAAGGGAUGCGGCCAUUACACUAUGCUGCUUGGCAGGGCAAGUGUGAGCCAAUGAAAAUGCUGCUUAAGUCGGGAUCAUCAGUCAACAGCCAAUCAGAUGAGGGAAAGAUCCCUUUACACCUCUCGUCACAACACGGCCAUUAUGAAGGAAGUGAGAUGCUGCUCCAACAUCAGUCAAACCCAUGCCUCAGAGACAAUGCUUGGAAAACCCCUCUAGACUUGGCCUGUGAAUUUGGACGUGUCACGGUGGUGCAGUUGCUCCUCAGCAGUAACAUGUGUUCUGCUAUGUUAGAACCAAAACCCUCUGAUCCUAAUGGCAUCAGCCCACUCCACUUAGCUGCCAAAAAUGGACAUAUCGAGAUCAUUAAGUUUCUGAUCCAGGCUGGUAUAGAUAUAAACAGACAGACUAAAUCGGGCACAGCGCUGCAUGAAGCUGCUCUCUGUGGGAAAACAGAGGCAGUGCGACUGCUGCUGGAUAGUGGUAUCAGUGCAGGGGUGAGGAACACAUUCUGUCAGACAGCACUGGACAUUGUGAAUCAGUUCACCACGACCCAAGCAAGCAAAGAAAUAAAACAGAUGCUGAGAGAUGCAUCGGCUGCCAUGCAAGUGAGGGCUCUUAAGGAUUAUUGCAACAAUUAUGACCUUACAAGCCUCAACAUUAAAGCAGGUGAUAUCAUCACGGUCUUGGAGCAGCAUUCUGAUGGCCGAUGGAAGGGCUGUAUCCAUGAAAACCAUACAGGAAAUGACCGUGUUGGGUAUUUUCCGUCCAACAUGGUAGAAGUCAUUAAAAGGGCAGGUCCCUCAACCCAACAGUAUCUUAAGAUACAGAUCCGUCAGCCAGCAAUUGGUUCAGUUGUCAUGGUGAACGGUGACUCCUCCCACAUUUUUUCUCUCCCCCUCACCCCCCCUCACCCUCCUACCCAGCCCCUUUCCCAUCAGCCCCUCUUCACCUCAUUUGGCUAUAAUAUGCCUACCUGCAGCACAUUUGGGUAUGAACCAGCCUCCUCCCGCAUAGAGGAGCCGCAAAACGAGACAGGCUCAAGAGGAUCGGUUUCCAGCCCUCUUGAUUCUCCGACCCUUAGCGGCCAGCAGAGCGGUGCUAACGAGGAGAUUUGGGUGCUGAGGAAACCUUUAGCAGCAGGGGGCAGUGUCGGCAGCAUGGGCAGCACAGGCAGUCUAAACAGUGGACGUUCUUCUACUAGCAUUCAAAGCAGUAAUGCCAAUGCUCACCUCACCAACUUACCCAUGCCUGUGCCGACCACCCUGACACACUCACCUUGUAUUAACGCACAAAGCCUCAAUGUACCGGGACUGCACGCACAGGCCGAGGGCGUGAAGCUGUUGGCUACAGUGCUGUCCCAAUCAGCCAAAGCAAAAGAACAUCUUAUGGACCAAUUACAAUCUUUAGAUCCUAUUUCAGGCUCUUCUCAGCACACUCAGAGUGAAUCUUUUGUCCCACAUCAGCAGAGGAAAAAGCCCUUUGUGGAUCCUUUGCUACAGAGGAAAGAUGAAGCUUCAGCUGAAACCAAGACCUCAGAGGCUGUUGUUGAAUGGCUCACUAGUGCUCAGCUGCAGUUCUACUCAACAAACUUUCUCACUGCUGGUUAUGACCUACAAACCAUAAGUAGAAUAACACCAGAGGACCUCACUGCAAUUGGAGUGAUAAAACCAGGGCACCGGAAGAAAAUGUUAUCAGAAAUCAGCAAAAUGAACAUCCCAGAAUGGAUCCCUCAAGAGAAACCUGCCAGUUUGGCAGAGUGGCUGUCUGCGAUUGGUCUGAAUCAAUACUACCAGACUCUGGUUCAGAACGGCUACGAUAAUAUGGACUUUAUUAGUGAUAUUACCCUGGAGGACCUAAAGGAGAUUGGAAUCACUAAACUAGGACACCUGAAAAAGUUAAUGUUAGCUGUCAGACGACUGAGUGAACUUCCACCAGAAGCAGAAAUUCUAAGCAAGGAGAGAAAAUUUGAAGAGGGCACAGACUCAAAACAAUCAUUAGCAACUAAUGUGACCUGCACAGAACCAGAUGCAAACUCUGUCCCCUCUGUCAAACUCUGUCCCCCCCGGCGUGGCUCACCCCGGCACAGCGCCCAUGGGCAUGGCAUACAAAGAGCCAAUGCCCCUCCCCCUCUGAAAAAGCCAAGCUCAAUUGACAGCCCCACCCAAACACCUCCUCAUACCCCUACAAAAGGCAGAAUCUCCUCUUCUGCUUCAAGUUCUCCUUCACACACCCCUUCCUCCCAACUGAAAACACAGAGCAGGGCCAGAGGGCCUUGCAACUCACACUCUCACGCCCGUUCCGUCCCAUUACUUUGUCUACCACCUGAAGGAGAAACCGAAAAUAGCAACGGCCGAACUUUGACACAGCCAAGGCAUGGACAGCCCAUCGAUGCUGAUCACGAGUCACCCUUGCCAGAUUCCUCUGUGAAAUACGCCACACUAGGUGGACAUAGAGUUACUCCCAGUUGCUCUGCAAAAACCACUGGCGAAAACCUUGACAUCAACAGUGUCAAUCGCAAUCAGUCCUUUGCUACAGCUCGGCCUCGUAGGAGGACUCGUCCACCAACUCCGCCCAAACGUUCCUGCUCUUCCAUAUCCACGGAUAACCUGGCUGACGAGGCUGCAGCAGAUGAUUUAGGUUCAAGUGAAAACAGGGUUAACAGUUUGCUACUCAAUGUGACAUACAGGGAGCGAAGGCGAAGCGACUGUGGCAUUGCCUCUGAAAAAACCUCAUCGGGAGGCAGCGUUAGAGACAUUGCAGCCAUGCUUGAAAUGUCCAAUCUUGGGAGCAGUGGUAAAGGAAGUGGCAGUGGUUAUUUGCAGGCGAACCAAAGUUCAGAUGAGGUCAAUCGUCGCUGUACAAUCAGUGGACCAGUAUCAGGAUUUUCUGAAGAUGCUGAGAUUCCACCGCAUCAUGGGACAGCACCUUGUGAAACGCCCUCAAUUAUACAGGCCCCUGAGCCACGGCCACGUUCCAUGAUCAGUCAUCUCAAUGGGGGCAUUACUUCUCUGCCGCAGGUGGAGUGGUCCCGGAUGGAUGCCACAGCAACUUUGAGAAGACCACGGCCAUCACAUCACUCUGACAGUGAAAAUUUUAACCUGACAGAAAGCGGUACGAUAAAGCGAAGGCCCAAAGCAUUAGCUCCACCGCAGAGUAAUGGAACAGAUGGAGGUGGGACAGAGAAUGCUCGGAGAAGGCCUGUCUCAGAAGCUUGUGUUGGUGAUGGUGGUAGAGAACAACCUGAUGGUUUUGGCACUUUUCCCAGACAAAUACUGAAACCCCCAGUUUCACCCAAACCAGCAAUGGCCCUUCGAAAACCAGACCCCCCAACUCCUACAAGGAGGGUUCCCUUACCAGGACCAGAAGGUCAACAUAGCCCAGUGGAGUUUAAAAAAAUCCCUCCUCCAGUAUCUCCCAAGCCAAGUCCGCCUCCCACAAUGCCUAAACCAGUAAAAAUCAAGCCGAUCCUUACCAUCGGAACUCCCAGCUCCCCUCAAGCAGAUGCGCUCAGCCCAUCCAGUGCCUCCUUCAGCCCUGCUCGAACUGAACUCCAAGUGGAGUAUCCACCACCGACUUUGAGUCCAGUUACCCCAAAACCACAAGAAGGGAACACACUUGCCCUGCGAGCAGCAACUUCUCCAGCCCAGAGCCCUCAGACGCCCCAGACCCCACAAACACCCUCUACGCCAGGGUCAGGUUCAGCUCCAGUGAAGCCCCCAAGAUCAUCCAUGGCUGGUCUUUCAGUGGACAUCCCGGGUCCUCUUGAAUUCGAGCUUCCUGGAGUGGAGGUUGUGCAAAAGAGACUGAAAGAAGUAGAGAAGCAGAGAGAGGAAGAGGAAAUGAGGAAUCAAGACAAGAUGGACAAGAAGGGUCUGAUUCAGGUGGAUCCAGCAUUUGAAGGAGAACAAGAUGUGAUUUCAGGGUUCUCACGAGGAAGUCAUGUCACAGAGAUAGGGGACGGGGUGGGGCCUAUAGAUAUGAGGAGGAGGAAGGUAGGUGUGGCCAGGCAAACACAAGUAGAGGGAGAGCCACAAGAUGGAGAAGAAAAGACAGAGUUGGAAAGCCAAGGGUUAUUGAAGAUUGCUGAAACAGGAGGCAGUGCUUCAGGGGAAGUAGCACAGCUCAGACUGGAGGAGACCAGCGCCUCCCUAGCUGCUGCUCUGGAAGUAGUGGAAGAGAAGAUUAAAAAGGAGGACAGCUCUGCUGUGGACAAAAAGAGCACAGUCAGUAUCCUGGAUGACAUUGGAAGCAUGUUCGAUGAUCUUGCUGACCAGUUAGAGGCCAUGUUAGAUUAAAAAUCACAUGAUACAUCAGAAAUUCCAUGGGGAUUGGAAAGAAUUAAAGCUUCAAGUUUCUCAGCGAGGAUCAGUACAAACUACUUAACUGGAUGAUUAUGCCACCUCGGCAAGAACUAAAGUGUGGUUUGAAUGCAGUCAAUGGAACCUUAACAACAUAAAAAAAAUCGAAUUAAAGCAUGGAUAUCUAAAUUCGGAUGUCCUAAAGCCAGAGAUCUAAAUUUGAACGAAAAUCACUCAUAGUACUGGAACCCCCUUCAUUCUUCACCAGCCUUCCAUUUUAGAAUAGGUACUGCAGGUAUAUUUUGCUGGUAUAUAUCAAACCUGCAGAUACAGACUGCUACCAUGCUGCUUCCAAAAAUAAGCACAAUUUAAAGGGAGCCUGUAAGACAAACUUUCUAAAUGUAAUUUAAGAAGAUAAAUAUGUGUGAAUGUGUGUAUAUGUAUGUACCAAAUGUGGUUUGAGAGUUGAAUAUUGAUAUGAUAAAUAUUACUUUUGAUGGUUCUGCUAAAAGCACCGAAAAGCACAUCAUGUGUCCGUUUAUGAUGUUAAGAAGCUUAAAGAUGUUUUUAUUAUUUUUGGAACUGGAGUCUAAAUGUAAAAGGGGACUUUACAUUUUAUCUCAUGGUCUUCUGCUGACCAAGUUACUGAAAAACGUGUUAUUUUGGACUGAAUAAAUCUAGAGCAAACCCCAUUUACAGUAUGACCCUGAAAAUAUUCUCACCUUUUUGGACCCUUGAAAUAUAAUGAAGAAAAGCUUUGAACUUAAAGAGGUAUAUUGUAAUCUUUUUUUUAUGUUAUUACUGUUGUUGUUGUUGUUGUGUGUGUGUGUGUGUGUGUGUGAGAGAGAGAGAGAGAGAGAGAGAGAGAGAGAGAGAGAGAGAGAGAGAGAGAGAGAGAGGAUGUUUGACUGUGUAGUGUAGUUUUAAGAUGCUGGAAAGAUUAGUGUAUAUGACAUAUACAGUAGGUUAUAGUUAUCAUUGAUAGAGUAUUGGUAGAGUAUGGAAUGCUUCAGACACUUGCUCAUUACCAAACAAUGUGCUCUAAUAGUAAUUGUGUGUGUGUGUGUGUGUGUGUGUGUGUGUGUGUGUGUGUGUGUGUGUGUGUGUGUGUGUGUGUGUGUGUGUGUGUUCUGUUCUGGAGUCAGUAUGUUUGUUUUCUCUUACAAAAAUGUACCAUGUUAGUACCAUUACCGUUUUUAUGAACAUGGUACCGUGGUAAUAUCAUGGUUUUUAUAGCGUAGAGUACCAUGAAAAUUCCAUGGCAAUCAAACAGUACCAUGUUUUAUAUCAAAGAUAACCAUGGUACUACCACAAUACAUUUUGUAAGGGCUGAGUGUGUGUUGACCUAUUGGACAGUACAAUUAUUCAGGUAAUUGCAAACAAAAAAGACUACUUACAGAAGUUGCAUUUUCUGUAAGUGGCUAUAAUUUGAUCAUUUAAGAUUAUGUCAUAGCAAGAUCCAUGCAUCAUGUUAUUUAUUUAGCUUAAUAAGUGUUACUUUAAAACCAGCCAUCUGGAAUACAGCAGAAGAGAACAUUUCCAACAAUCAUGACAAUGUUGUCUUUGAUUCUGACCAUGCACAGUCAAUGGAAUACGUUUUGGAGUAUAAACUCUUUUACAAUGUAAAAAACAAUCAAAAAACUGUAAUAAUCCAGUUGUUAGUUUGUGUGAACCAUCAGCUGGCUAAUGUCUGACCCUGGUGAUAUCAUCAAAGACCUCUUCCAUGUAAAAUGCAUUGAGAAAUGUGGAAUUAAUAUAAAUAAAUUGUUAUG